CUGUUUUCAGCAAACAUGAAGUCAGACCUCUGGUAUUUCCUUCUCUUCUGCUUUCAAGUUGAAGCCCUAACAGGAGAAAUCAAUGAUUCUACCAAGUCUGAGAUGUUUACAUUUCACGAUGGAGGUGUACAAAUUUUAUGCAAAUUCAAUGCGAUUGUCUCGCAAUAUAAAAUGGAGUUGCUGAAAGGGACAGAAGUACUCUGUGAUCUCACUACGACAAAGGAAAAUGGAAACACAGUGUCCAAGAAUCCGAAAUUCUGUCAAUCUCAGUCAUCCAGUGAUGGUGUCUCCUUUUUUCUGUAUAACUUGGACAGUUCUCAUGCCAGCUACUAUGCCUGCCAACUGUCAAUUUUUGAUCCUCCUCCUUUUCAGAGAAAAAAUAUUAGCAGAGAAUAUUUGAAUGUUUAUGAAUCACAGACUUGCUGCCAACUGAAGUUCUGGUUACCCAUAGGAUGUGCAGCUUUUGUUGUAGUCUAUAUUUUUGGAUGCAUAUUUCUUUGUUGGCUUACAAAAAAGAAAUAUCGAUCCAGUGUGCAUGACCCUAACAGUGAAUACAUGUUCAUGGCAGCAGUGAACACAGCCAAAAAACCUGGACUCACAGGUGUGACUCAUAAUUUGGAACUCUGUGGCACCCAGGCAUGAACCACGUUGGCCAGUUCCCUCCGACCUGAAGUACAAGACUCCCACAUAUCCUGGACCACAGAGUCAGACUUGAUUUGAGUACAUAUAUCUUCUGUUGGUGUUUUGUUCAAUCUGGACCAGUGACUAUAUCAGUCAAAAGGGAUUUUAGCAGGCUGCUUUGGUACUGUUGGGUUAUCAAAACAUCUUCUUGCAACUAGUUAUAGAAAGCCCAGCUUGUGUCUGUUUACCAAAUAGAACUCACUGGGAUGGAAUUCCUAUCUUCACAUCUGCUUCUAGCAAUGCGCCAGACAGUAAAACAAACACAUCUACAGAUAUUUUUUAAGAGAUGCCAAGAGUCCUGAAUCUGCAAGGCAAAUGGGUAGCCAAGGGUCAGUAUCUGUCU